AUGAGAAAUACCUUGCAGACGAAAGCAUUUGGUGUUUCUCAAGAAUUCGAGAGUAUCUCACAAGAUAUUCCUGCUAAAAAUAUUGGCAAUGGUGAUCACGAUGAACUGCUCUAUCGGCCUGGGAUGAUCGACCCAUGCACCAAGGACAAAUUUAUUAAACUUGAACGAAGUUUCCUAAUUGAGCGAACUCACUCGGGAGCUCUCACUUCAUUGCAUCCUUGUAGAUACAGGUUCGAGGACACACUUAAAGAAAUAAACGCCGAUGAUACGUUACUGUUCGCCGAAGCGAAUUUCGUGAUAGUCGAGGACAACAAUCGAUCUUUUCCAGUGAUCGAUUGCUUCUUUUCUAAGUGCACUACGUGCAGCGAUACGCAGUGGAUGGCGACCGAUAAAUAUCUUUCGGACGAAGGCAUAUGGUGUUUCUCAAGAAUGCGAGAGGCAAAACUUCUUGCUGAGGCUUCCUGCUCAGUGGUGGGUGAUGCUGAUCGCCUUGACAUGCUGUGUCGCCUUGGAAUAAUCGACCCGCACACCGAAGACGAAUACAUGAAAAUUGCACGAAGUUCCCGAAUGUUCGCUAUAAUGGGAACGAGAAUGACGGAAAACGAAAAACACUGGAGAAUGGGCGAUGUCGUAAUAGAUAAUGCGCUCACUACACUGCAUCGUUGUGGAAACAGGUGCGAUGAUACGCUGAAGGAAAUGAGUGCCAAUGGUAAGUUGCUGUUCGCUGACGUGAAUUUCAUGACGCUGUGGAUUUAUUUCAUAUGA